GCCAGUGACGUGCGGGUCCCAGACUCAUUGCCGUCGCAUUCCAGGCUUUGGGUUGGGAUACCGCCUAUAAGUGCACUUUGUGUCUUUCGCCGCUGUUUGUGGUCAACAAAGACCUCCAAUCGCUCUCACCCGCGUGUCCUCACGCAGCCCUUGUCCACGUACUCUUUCAACGCUGUCGCUCACUAGCACUAAUUGUCACUGCAAUACACCAACAAGCAACUCGCAACAAUGCGGUUUCUCGCUCUUCUACCCGUCUUAUGCUGUACUGCAGCCCUGAUUCUCUCGUUCCUCUGCCUAUUUGCAGGCCAUAAGAAGGGUUUCAUGGAAGACUACUCGCUCCUCACACUCAACACCUCAGCCAUUGGACAAAAUCUCGUCGACAGAGUCUCAAACUCUGACUCCACUAUAUCUAACAUCAUCAAUCUCAUUCCAGACUCUAUCACCGAUACAGUCACCGAUGAAAUCAAUGAGAGGAUAGACGAGUUCCGCGAGCGCGCUGGCAUCGAGGACUGGUACUCAGCACACAUGCUGAACUAUUGCGAGGGGCAGUACACACCCGACGAGGCGGCUAAUGCGACCCUGAAGCAAGAUGACAUUAGCAAAAACGUUACUGAAUGCUCCAAGAACAGGGCCAUGUACAAGUUCGAUCCAACCGACAUCAUCCAGAGGGCCCUAAACAAGUCGGGCAUAGACAUCACCCUGCAGGAUCUACAAUGGCCAGAAGAUAUCCAGGACGGCAUCGAUGCGUUGAAUGCUAUCAUGGCAGCCAUGUUCGUUCUCUACGUCAUCGCAAUCUGCCUCAUCUUCUUGACCCUCGUCACCAGCCUUGUUGGCAUCCUCACCUCAGGAAGACUGAGCGCAUGCCUAAACAUUGGCCUUAGUCUCCUCGCAUUUUUAGCCAUUGGCAUCGCUAGCGGGCUCGUCACCGCCGUCAUGGUCAAGGGUACCGACGUCAUUAACGAACACGGAAAUCAAAUCGGCCUUGAAUCGCACUAUGGUGGCAAGUUCCUCGCCUUGACAUGGGCUGCAACUGGGCUCAUGCUCCUUGCUGUCCUUGCUUGGUUCAUAGCCCUAUGCUUUGGCCGGAGCGAGCGCCGUUCGCGCAGCCCCAAGAAGUCGGCCAUCUAGGAGUAUCCACCUGACAAAAACACCGCAACGCCCAAAGAGCCUGCUGGAUAAAACAAAUGCCUGGAUUUGAAGGAUCAAAUUGAACGCGUGUACGGAUACCAAGAUAUGCGAAUAUGUAUUACGAUCGCCUGGAUGAGCUGUAACAUCUUUCUUUUGUUUGUUCAUUUUGUUUGUUAUAUACCCACCCCCUGAUAUCAGAUUGCAUCAAAAACGAUUAGGUGGAGAUUUAAGUAGAAUUUGAUGUAUUGAACCCUA